AUAGAAUAGCCAAUGUAAUUUGACACUUCAACUUACUGCGCUCUCUCCGAGUCUAUUCAGUUACUCACCCACUGACGUUGAGCCCAUUCUCAGUGGCCGUGAGGGGGGAAGAUAUUUAAAAACAAGAGCCGAAUAUUACCGAGGACUUUCUCCGCUUAAUAACCCGGGGCAGAAGACGUGAGGCGCUGAAGUGUUUCUCCUCCUGGUGUGUGAAUGGGUGGGGGGGUCCUUCGUGGCGAAGAAUCAAGGAUUGAAGUCAACACAGAACGCUCCAGUUUAAUGGCUGGCAGGUAGAGGCCGAAGAGGGACAAUCAACAUGAACUCGAUUCCGUCGAUGGACAGACACAUACAGCAGACCAAUGACCGUCUGCAGUGUAUCAAACAGCACUUACAAAAUCCAGCAAAUUUCCAAACAGCAGCGACCGAGUUGCUGGACUGGUGUGGCGACCCUCGAGCCUUCCAGCGCCCCUUCGAGCAAAGCCUGAUGGGAUGCCUAACGGUGGUCAGCCGCGUAGCAGCACAGCAGGGCUACGACUUGGACCUGGGCUAUCGGCUCCUGGCCGUGUGCGCUGCCAACAGGGACAAGUUCACUCCAAAAUCAGCAGCUCUUCUGUCCUCGUGGUGUGAGGAGCUGGGACGCCUCCUUCUCCUCCGUCACCAGAAGAACAGGCAGAACGAGCCUCCGGGAAAAGUGCCCAUGCAGCCCCCCAUGAGCUCCAUGAAGCCUGGCCUCUCACACGGCAGAGAUGGGUCUUUUCCCUACGACUCAGUUCCCUGGCAACAGAACACCAAUCAGCCUCCAGGUUCGUUGUCGGUGGUGACUACCGUCUGGGGCGUGACCAACACGUCGCAGAGCCAGGUGUUGGGGAAUCCGAUGGCCAACAACAACAAUCCCAUGAACCCUGGGGGCAACCCGAUGGGCUCGGGUAUGUCUGGUAACAAUCCAGGGAUGAACUCUCCUCAGUUCCCUGGUCCUCAGCAGCAGUUCCCCAACAAAGGCAACUCCAACCAGGGCUACAUGCAGCAAGGCAUGUACGGACGACCCAGCUACCCCGGAGGAGGAGGCUUUGGUGGCAAUUACCCUGGAGGCCCGAACGCUGGACCUGGAGGAAUGGGCAUCCCUCCACACUCCCGUCCUCCGUCAGACUUCACCCAGCCUGCGGCUGCUGCUGCCGCCGCUGCGGUUGCUGCUGCCGCCGCUACAGCAACCGCCACUGCCACGGCAACCGUCGCUGCCCUGCAGGAAACCCAGAACAAGGACAUGAACCAAUACGGACCGAUGAGUUCCUCUUUCCAGAUGGGACCAAACCAGGCGUACAACAGCCAGUUCAUGAACCAGCCAGGACCCCGCGGCCCUCCGUCCCUCCCCGGGAACAUGGGCACUGGCAUGAAUGCAUCCAACAUGAGCGGGCCCCCAAUGGGAAUGAACCAGCCCAGGGGCCAAGGCAUGGGGCCAUUCGGGGCCCACGGCCAAAGGAUGCCCCAGCAAGGCUACGCGGGACCCCGGCCUCAGGGCAUGGGUAUGCAGGGCAUGAAAAGGCCGUACCCAGGCGAGCCAAACUACGGUGGGCAGCAGUAUGGACCAAACAGCCAGUUCCCCAACCAGCAGGGACAGUACCCCACACCCAACCCCUCGAGGCCGCUGCCGUCCCCCAACUAUCCCGGCCAGAGGAUGCCGGGACAGCAGCUGCAGGGCCAAUACCCGCCCCCCAGCGGUGCCAUGGGCCAGUAUUAUAAGCAGGAGCCACCUUUCAAUGGCCAAACGAAUAACUUCUCCGGGAGUGGAUAUCAGUACAGCCAGGGGAAUAUGAACGGGCCACCCAGACCGGUGGGUAACUACCCUCACUCCCCGGUGCCAGGCAACCCCACCCCUCCAAUGACCCCAGGAAGUAACAUCCCUCCAUACCUGUCGCCAAACCAGGACGUGAAGCCGCCCUUCCCUCCUGACAUCAAACCAAAUAUCACCGCUCUCCCUCCCCCUCCAGCGAACCACAACGAAGAGCUGCGCCUGACGUUCCCGGUGCGGGACGGCGUAGUCCUCGAGCCCUUCAGACUAGAGCAUAACCUGGCAGUCAGCAACCACGUCUUCCACCUACGGCCCUCUGUGCACCAGACGCUCAUGUGGAGAUCGGACCUGGAGCUGCAGUUCAAGUGCUACCACCACGAAGACCGUCAGAUGAACACCAACUGGCCGGCGUCGGUGCAAGUCAGCGUAAACGCCACGCCGCUCACCAUCGAGCGGGGCGACAAUAAGACCUCACACAAACCCCUGCACUUGAAACACGUAUGCCAGCCAGGAAGGAACACGAUCCAGAUCACAGUCACCGCCUGCUGCUGUUCGCACUUGUUUGUGCUGCAGCUGGUCCACAGGCCGUCAGUUCGCUCCGUCCUCCAGGGCUUACUGAAGAAGAGGCUUCUGCCUGCAGAGCACUGCAUCACCAAAGUUAAGAGGAACUUCAGCAGCGUAGCGGCGUCAUCGGGGAACGCAACGCUCAACGGAGAGGACGGCGUGGAGCAGACAGCCAUUAAGGUUUCCCUCAAAUGUCCGAUCACCUUCCGGCGAAUACAGCUUCCAGCAAGAGGCCACGACUGCAAACAUGUUCAGUGUUUUGAUUUGGAAUCAUAUUUACAACUGAACUGUGAGCGGGGGACAUGGCGGUGUCCUGUAUGCAAUAAAACAGCGUUGUUAGAGGGGCUCGAAGUGGACCAGUACAUGUGGGGAAUCUUGAACGCCAUUCAAAACUCUGAGUUUGAGGAGGUGACCAUUGACCCGACAUGUAGUUGGCGGCCGGUGGCGAUUAAAUCUGACAUCCACAUCAAGGAGGAUCCAGAUGGACCGCUGGCCAAGAGGUUUAAGACUAUGAGCCCCAGCCAGAUGAUCAUGCCCAAUGUGAUGGAGAUGAUAGCUCAGCUCGGCCCCGGACCGUCACCGUACCCGUUAUUAUCUUCCCAGCAAGGCGGCAACAACAGCGAAUACGGCAGCCAAGGAAACAGUUAUCAGGGGCACGGGAACUUUGACUUCCCUCACGGCACCCCCGGCGGUACGUCGAUGAAUGACUUCAUGCACGGUCCCCAGCUGUCUCACCCACCUGACAUGCCCAACAGCCUGAUGUCCCAAGACAAGCCGCUCUCACACAACAUGCCCGACUCAAUACCUCACUCUGCCGGCAACGACCAGUCGCAUGGUCCUCCUCUGCAGAGCUUACAUGCAUCUCCUCACCCUGGGAGCCAAUCAGGGCAGCAGCUACAUCACAGCGGGCCUCCUCAGCCGUCGCGACAAGCUCCGCCUCCUCAGCAACAGCAGCAGCAACAACAGCCGCCCGGCCCUAACAACCAUCCCCACGGCGACCUGGCCUUCAACCCCUCCAGCAGUUUGGACAGCCAAGCGGGGUCGGACAUGCCUGAGCCAUCUUUAGACCUUCUUCCAGAGCUCGCCAACCCGGAUGAGCUGUUGUCGUACCUGGAUCCACCGGACCUCCCCAGCAAUAGCAACGACGACCUUCUGUCGCUCUUCGAAAACAACUGAGGCAAAUCAGACACAAAUAAACUUUUCUGACCGCCUGCAGCUUCCCUGAGAACCCAGGGCGGUCGCUCAGUACUUGAUAAACACAAAGAUGCACUCCCUUUCUCUUCUUCCUCUUGUACAGUUUUCAUUGGCCAGCACAGAUUGACUGAAAGAGGUUAAAACUCCAAGACACGGCGGGACGCGGGGGAGGGUCCCCGCCCCGCCCUGCCCCGCCCUCUCACCCCGUGGCGAUACUUUUGAACUGUGCAGCUAUACUCAGUUGAUUUUUUUACGCCACACACAGGUGUUUGUGUGCACAUUAGGAACGUGUUGUAGCAUUUUUUAUUCAUGUUUUGUUUCC